AUGCGCAUUCUUGCCGACGCCGUUCACUUAGAUCAACGCCUUCUUCCCACGGUGGUCGAGUCCUUCCACGGCAACUUCAUCGACGGCUUCAGUGCGCUUCCGGCAUUCCGGGACAUCACCGCCGUGCCCGCUCCAAGACUCGACCACCUCCGCACCCUUGGUGUGGCUGAGUUUCCUGGCUAUGAUGGCAUGCGAAUCACUGCACCAGCAGUGGUUGUUGAUGUAGAAACGAUCAUAGAUGAGAGCAACGCUAUCAACGAGGCCUUGGAAAUGCCCGUCCAAGAGCUCGUAGAUGUGCUUGAAGAGAAGGGUUCAUUGGACAGCUAA